UCUCUUCCCGUAGUCAGAGGUCAGAGCCUGGUGCCCCCAGGAGCUGAGUCUGGUGUCCCAGUGCGUGCUGGAACGGGAAUGGGCGCCCGGGUCCCGUGAGUCGGCGGGAGCGGGACUCCCGCCGUCCCCCGAGUCCGCGCCGCGCUCCCGCCCCUGCCCAUCCCCGGCCGCGCUGUCAGUCUCCAUUAGCGCUAACAGGCUCCAGACAGAGCGGGCCCGGCACUGGGUUAAUGCAAUCGGCGCGUUACCUGGGGCGCAGGCUACAUUACCAGCCCGGCCCCCACCCGGCACGGUCAGAACCAGCCAGCCUGCGCCCCGCCGGCCGCCCCGCGCUUUCAGCGCUCCUCGGGCCGCGCCCGAGCGCCACGCGGCGGAUCCCAGCCCCAGCCCGCGCCCCACAGCCUGGCGAGGAGAGGCGAGGCGAGGCGAGGCGGGCCCGGAGCAGGCAAGGCAGGGCGCACGGCAGCAGGGAUCCCGUCGCCGCGGAACACCAGAGCCUCGGCGUGGUCCCAGUAUCACCGACUCCCCUCUCGCCAGCCGCACCCAUGCUUCUGGCGCGGAUGAACCCGCAGGUGCAGCCUGAGAACAGCGGGGCGGGCCCGGGGUCGGAGCAGCCCCAGCGGAAGCGCAAAGCUGCAGAACUCUUGGUGGUGAAAGAGCGCAACGGCGUCCAGUGCCUCCUGGCGUCCCGCGACGGCGACGAGCAGCCCCGGGAAACCUGGGGCAAGAAAAUCGACUUCCUGCUGUCGGUGGUCGGCUUCGCCGUAGACCUGGCCAACGUGUGGCGCUUCCCCUAUCUCUGCUACAAGAACGGCGGAGGUGCCUUCCUGAUCCCGUACACCCUGUUCCUCGUCAUCGCUGGCAUGCCCCUGUUCUACAUGGAGCUGGCUCUGGGCCAGUACAACCGGGAGGGGGCAGCCACUGUGUGGAAGAUCUGCCCGUUUUUCAAAGGAGUUGGCUACGCUGUGAUCCUCAUUGCACUCUACGUUGGCUUCUACUACAAUGUCAUCAUUGCCUGGUCACUCUACUACCUCUUCUCCUCCUUCACCCUUCACCUGCCCUGGACUGACUGUGGCCAUGCCUGGAACAGCCCCAACUGCACCGAUCCCAAGCUCCUCAACAGCUCCGUGCUGGGCAACCAUACCACGUACUCCAAGUACAAGUUCACGCCGGCAGCAGAGUUUUAUGAGCGUGGCGUCCUGCACCUUCAUGAGAGUAGUGGGAUUCAUGACAUCGGCCUGCCCCAGUGGCAGCUCUUGCUCUGUCUGAUCGUCGUCGUCAUCGUCCUGUUUUUUAGCCUCUGGAAAGGAGUGAAGACAUCAGGAAAGGUGGUGUGGAUCACGGCCACGCUGCCUUACCUCGUGUUGUUUGUGCUCCUGGUCCACGGCAUCACGCUGCCCGGCGCUUCCAAUGGCAUCAACGCCUACCUGCACAUCGACUUCUACCGUCUGAAAGAGGCCACGGUAUGGAUUGAUGCUGCAACUCAGAUAUUUUUUUCCUUGGGCGCUGGAUUUGGUGUCUUGAUUGCAUUUGCUAGUUACAACAAAUUUGACAACAACUGCUAUAGGGACGCCCUGCUCACCAGCACCAUCAACUGUGUCACCAGCUUCAUCUCUGGGUUCGCCAUCUUCUCCAUCCUUGGUUACAUGGCCCACGAACACAAGGUCAACAUUGAGGAUGUUGCCACUGAAGGAGCUGGCCUGGUCUUCAUCCUGUACCCAGAAGCCAUUUCCACCCUAUCAGGAUCCACGUUCUGGGCUGUCGUGUUCUUCGUCAUGCUCCUGGCUCUGGGAAUUGACAGCUCAAUGGGAGGCAUGGAGGCGGUCAUCACGGGCCUGGCCGACGACUUCCAGGUCCUGAAACGACACCGGAAACUCUUCACAUUUGGUGUCUCCUUUGGAACCUUCCUUCUGGCCCUGUUUUGCAUAACCAAGGGUGGAAUAUACGUGCUGACCCUGCUGGACACGUUUGCGGCGGGGACCUCCAUUCUGUUUGCUGUGCUCAUGGAGGCCAUAGGCGUCUCCUGGUUUUAUGGUGUGGACAGGUUCAGCAACGACAUCCAGCAGAUGAUGGGAUUCAAGCCGGGCCUGUACUGGAGACUCUGCUGGAAGUUUGUCAGCCCUGCGUUCCUCCUGUUUGUGGUGGUCGUGAGCAUCAUCAAUUUCAAGCCGCUCACCUACGAUGACUACAUCUUCCCACUCUGGGCCAACUGGGUCGGGUGGGGCAUCGCGGGCUCCUCCAUGGUCCUGGUGCCCGCCUACAUCGUCUACAAGUUCCUCAGCACGCGGGGCUCCCUUCGCGAGAGACUGGCCUAUGGCAUCACCCCAGAGAACGAGCAUCACCUGGUGGCCCAGAGGGACGUCAGGCAGUUCCAAUUGGAACACUGGCUGGCCAUCUGAAUCUGACCCCGAGGAGGAACCCUGCUGCACCAACGUUCAGGUCAAAGGCUUCCUACCACCCCAGACACUGUCUGGGGAUUCCUCUCCGACCCCCCUCUUCCUCUUUUCCAAGUUACAACUGAUUUAGUGACCUGGUUUUCGUUCACCUUCUGUUCACCUGGCCUGAGGGCUGUGAGCUUGGAUUGGUAAGCCUUGUGGGAGAAGAGGAGAGGAGGGAACAGGAAAAAAUGACUUCUGUUGAACCUCUUUAGUUUUGAGGAAGUCUCACCCAGUGUGGGAGCCGGCCCGAGCUGACGUCCACGGGCUCGGGCAGAACUCCCCACCUCGUUUGCUGGUACUUUGGGCCGCAGAAGAAAUCCUCAGUCCACCAAAUGAGACAGAGGAUGUUGCUUUUUGGUCAGACACCGUAAAACCAAAACACAAAUAAAAAGCCCAGCUGAGUUUGGGAGGUACAGAGAUCUUGCCUCUCUCGUCUGCCCCGGUCAGUGCUCUGUUGUUUGGACCUGGGUUGGGGAGCUUGGGGAUAUUUGUCGCUGUUCUGAAGUCCGUGGAUAGAAGCUCUGGGGGAUCGUGAGCAGAAAUCUUCAUAGAUUAGUUUUCACUCUGGUUGACCUGGGUUUGAUUUGUGUGUGUUCUGGAAUAUUCUUCUGGUUUCUGGCGCUCAGAGGGUCCAGAGCUAUGGGUGUCGCAGUGAGUGGCUUCUGCAGAAGAAGCAGACAAGUCUGUAGAGACCACAUGCGGGUCUCGCUCUGUCAGAUGCACGGAGCUCAGGAACCUACCUGUGGCUCCUGAGACCUUCCUGGGUGACUCAGGACAGGAACCCAGCAAGGCCAGCUGCGUGUCUCCACUACGGGAUCCUCUGCUGUCCUCACAGGGCCAGGUGGGUGUCCAAGGGCACAGCCGACAGGCUGUCUGUUUCUGUAUUGUUCACAGACACCUGCAAAGCCUGUCCCUGGGAAUCCCACCCAGCCCGGACCAGGAGUCUCGAGUGAUGGGGAGUGGGCCCUGAAAACUCCCUUUGUCUCUCUUCAUGUGCCAUACUUUGCACCGUGGAGGGCAGCAUGGAACCAAGCAUAUAGCACCCCGGUCACUCAGGUUGAGGGGAGAAUAGUCUCAAUUGACGGAGCAGGUUGGCGGCUGUAGAGAAUUUCAGGUUGAUUUCUGAUACAAACUUACAAGUGGUGCCCUCUGGUGGUGCUGGUGGCUAGUCUCAGCUCAUUCAGAGAAGCGAUUUGUAGUUUGGUAAGUCGGUGGCAUCCAUUUGGAAUUUCUGUUUAUGGUCUGAGUUUCUUACGCUCUCAUUGGCAAUCUAGAGUUGUGGGUUAUCGUCCUGACUGUGGGAGCCCCUGUUGCAGUAUCUUGGGCAAAAAAAAAGGCCACAUCAUUUCCACUGGGAGUAGAGGGUGACACACAUCCGAAAGGUGCUUUGGGGAAAGUGGGGUGUCACUGACCCUAAUCUAUUGAUCAUGCAGUCUGUGGAAGAUGGGCCGGCUGGGGGCAGGGAGGUGGUUUUCUCCCAGGGACAGGGUCCUUAUGUCAUUCUUUAAAGAAAAGUAGGAAAAUCAGGAGACUUUGGAUCUUUCCAUAUAAAAAGUUCAGUUCAAAAUCUGAGACAGCCCAAGUGGCAGGUGUCUUGGACCCUGAAAAAGAUGGGGCCUGGGAGCAUCCAACAGAGUGGAACAAACAGGUAGGGGUCUGGGGAUGAGAGCAAGGUGACCUGUCACUGAUGGAAUUUGGCCUCACAAGUGACUGAAUCCGCCCGUGAAGGAUAAUUCCUCCCUAGGUGUGACAUUUUUUUGUUUGUUUGUUUGUUUGUUUUUAACAAAGCACUUUCAUCCACGUUCACUCCCAUCCGCCCAGCAAGUACUGCAGGGCUGGCUUCUGUGUCCCUAUUCUCCAGGUGAGAAAACCAAGGUCCAGCAUUUCAGUCAUUCUUGCUCAAGGUUCCCCAGCUACUAAGGGAUCCAGUUGGACCCUCAAGUCAGAGCCCCUGACUCUCAGCUGAGAGCACUUUGAAAUUCCCAGCACAAUAUGGUUCACCCCAUCCAGGGCUGUCAUUAAACAUAAACAAAAAUCCAUCCAGUCAAGUGGCCAAGGCAUAUUUCUUAGCAAAAGAACAAUGUGUUGG